UUGGUAAUCGGUAAUGAGCCAGCGUUCUGGCGAGGUCUGUUACGAACCGGGUCGCGGAUUGCCGGUGGUCAGUCAAGAGCUGGAGCUCUUUGAAGUGAGUCGCGCGGACCAGGAGACAUCGCCGACUAAUCGGUGUGGAGUGUGUUUGGAGUGACAUCAGUUUAAAUUGAAUAUGUGAUUCCGCAGCAGUCCUUCAGUAGAUUGCAUUCGAUCAUUGCACUCUUUAAUGUACUUUUGCCUGUGGCUGUUUGUCGAGAUUGUCAAUUAGCGUACCUAGUGCAGUAUCGAUAAAGUGCUAACUAGCUCUAUCCGAUGUUGGAAGUAUAGCGCACAAAGCUUUUACUUUCCUGGUGCAAUUGAUGUGUCAUCGUGUACCGUAACAGUGUACCCCAACAGAUAGCCAGAGAUACCGCGUGAAGGUAAUAGUCUGGAGGUAUUCAUAGACUUGAGAAGACAUCAAUCACUCAUCUGACCCAUUAUCAUGAUGUGGAUCAAUGGUGUUGCACUUUUGCGCAACAAAUGCCAGUACCUGGCGGCAAUACUGGCCAACCUUUCCGUCGUCUGUACCGGUUGUGCGAUGGGCUGGACAUCGCCGGUCGAAUCAAAGCUUACCCAUCCGAAGCACUCCCCACUGCCAACAGUGCCGACCGAUGCGGAAUUUUCCUGGAUAGGCUCAAUACUGGCGCUGGGAUCGUUGGCCGGACCACCAGUGGCGGGCUAUAUCGCACAUCGGUUCGGUCGCAAGUUGGCCCUCCUUACCGGCGGUCUACUCUUUGCGAUAGCAUUCAUCCUUUUCGUAACGGCCCGGUCCGUGGCGCAGCUGCUAGUUGGGCGCUUUCUCCAGGGCUGCGGAAUAGGAUUCGCCCUUGCCAUCACACCGCUGUACGUGUGCGAAAUAGCGACGGCACAGCGGCGCGGAUCCCUCGGCUCGCUGGUGCAGGUGUCGAUGACGCUCGGUAUGCUGAUGGUGUACAGCAUCGGUCCGUACGUGAGCUACACCACGAUGCAGUACAUUCUGCUCGCCGUUCCGCUGCUGUUCUGUGCCGCCUUCAGCCAGAUGCCCGAGACGCCCCACUACUAUGUCUCCCACGGCCGGUAUGCGGACGCGUCCCGCUCGCUCGAGUAUCUGCGUGGCGAGUGCAUCGAAGAGCUGCAGGACGAGUUUGGAUCGAUCCAGCGAUCGGUGGAGGAUUCGAUCCGGAACCGCGGUACCAUCGGGGAGCUGUUCCGCGACCAUGCCAACCGGCGGGCCCUGUUCAUCUGCACCGGCAUCAUCGUGCUGCAGCAGCUGUCUGGCAUCAAUCCAGUGCAGUUUUACGCGCAAACCAUCUUCGAGAAGACGGGCACCGCGAUCCGGCCCGAGCUGGCGAGCAUUAUCAUCGGCGGCGUGCAGGUGGUCGCAAGCAUGAUAACGGUCCUAACCUUGGACAAGUUGGGCCGCCGGCCGUACCUGCUAAUCUCGUCCGGCGGCAUGUGCUGCGCGCUGGUCGCCCUCGGGACCUACUUCUAUCUGGAGACGCAGCGCGUGGCCAGCGGCCUGUCGCUGGACCGGCUCGCCUUCCUGCCCGUCCUGUCGCUGGUCGUGUUUACGGCCGCGUUCUGUCUCGGCUUCGGCCCGAUCGCGUGGCUGCUGAUAGGGGAGAUGUUUGCGCCGAACAUCAAAUCGUUCGCCUCCUCGAUCGUGUCGAGCAGCUGCUGGGGCGUUGCCUUUUUCGUCCUGUUCUACUUCAGCUCGCUCGAUGCGGCGAUCGGCACGCACUGGCUGUUCUGGACGUUUGCCAUCUUCACGGCGGGUGCGUUCCUGUUUACCUACCUGUUCGUGAUCGAGACGAAGGGUCUGUCCCUGCCGGAGAUUCAGGCGCAGCUCAACGAAACUGCUCGAAUCAUAAGCGAUGAUAAGCCGUAAAACAAAAAUGGGGGCGGCCGGCUUUGCGUUGAUUACACGGCAACGCUUGGGCGGAAUUAUCGGCAACCGUAAAAGAUUUGUUUGUCCGCAAGCACUUGGUGUGGUGCUUGAAGUGUGUGACUCGAAGGUGCGCUAACUGGGUUGGAGUACGUCUAUCAGCGUCCCGACAGUUGCCGCGCUUUGAACAGUCAUAACGUUUCUUCCGUCGUCAAUCGGAUUUACCAAGGAUCAAUCGUUUAGGGCACUCGAGUACAACGAUUAGAAACUGUACAGCCAAUUAAUCCGUUGCAAUUAGGAUCUUCAGAAGUGGCGGUGGAAUGUAUCGUUUAUAGGUUUGUUGUUUUAGUACGGCAACGCAAGCGUUUCGUCAAAGGCAAUAGUCAAUUAAUUAGUCAUUUAAUUAGGGCCGGUUCCUAAGGUUAACUUCCCGUAGGCAAGAGCGCUUCCUCAACAUUGUAAUCAAUUGUAGUCAAUAAAUAGUGAAAAGAUCACUUAAGAAUAAAUACGUUGGUAGAUAAA